AAUGUACAAGCUACUUAAACCGGAUUCUAAUUGUCAUAAAGACGCUCUAAAGUAUAUUUGCUCAGCUGGAAUUCCAUCUUGCAAAACUUCUAAGGAAAGACUCGAUCCAUGCUCGAUAUUUUGCAAAGAAAUCGUUAAAGCUUGUAUUAUGCCUAUGGAAUGUAGGCCUAUGCCAAAUGAUUUUGAUCCUAGAUCAUGUGAAAUUGAUUGUAAAGUAGAUGCAUCUAAUAGCUGGUGGAUAACGUUUGAUAAAAAUAACGAUUAUUCCCAUUAUAAAUGGAUUGAAAAAUCCGAUAGAACUUAUUAUCCUGGUCCAAUAUCUUACCCAACUAGAAAGUAUGGCUAUAGCUACUAUUAUUUAGAUGGAUCAAUGGGUAAAAAUGGCGUUAAUCAGCCUCAAAUUAAAACGGCCAAACUGCACUUAAAUGCUUCAAAGAGCAUUUUAAUUAAUGAAACGCAAGACUUUUGCUUUAGAUUCUAUUAUUUUCUCAGUGGAACAGUUCCCAGUGGCUUGAAAUUAUACAUAUUACGUAAUCAUUCUAAAUCAAUUGAUCUUUGGUUAGCAAAACCGGAUAGGGGUCAAAAAUGGAAUUUGUCCAUUUUGAAUAUAUCUUUAAGUGCUACUGAUACCAUUGUGUUUCUUGGCUACAGCUGGAAAUUGCCAGCAAUUGAUAUGGCCCUAGACGGUUUAUCUCUUUCGAGAGGAAUAUGUCCCAAUACCGGAAGCUGCAAUGAUAAAUUUGACUGUGGUAAUGGUCAAUGUAUUGAAAAUAAAUAUGUUUGCGACAGAAUAAACACCUGCGGAAAUUUUCUUGAUGAAAUCUUAUGCAACUGUUCGAAAGACGAGUAUAAGUGCAAAAGUGGAAUAUGUAUAGAUCGUUAUAGAGUUUGUGACGAGCACAGAGACUGUCACGAUGGAGACGACGAGAAAAAUUGCGACAAAAAAUGCUCCAAGGGUGGAUUUAAAUGCCCGAAUGGAGAUUGUAUACCACAUGAAUUGAUAUGCGACGGGGUUGAUGAUUGUAUAUCCGGUUGGGAUGAAAAAAGCUGUAGUGUAUGUAGCAGAGGGGAAUUUCAGUGUAAAAAUACACAAUGCAUUCCUAUUUCCGGAGAAUGUGAUCGUAAAGUCGAUUGCGCAGAUGGUUCUGAUGAACAAAAUUGUUUUAAAAUAUCGACGGAUGAAGAUAUAUUUAUGAUAAAGGCUUAUCCAUUUGAUUGGAUACCGUUAUGCCAUUUGAAUAUUUCAUCUUUAUUAGCCGAUCAAUUAUGUAUGAAGGUUAAAAACGGGUAUAUGAAAAACAUUGAUUGGAUUGUUUAUUCAUCUCAUGUUUACGUCACUAUCAGCGAGUGCGGUGAGAGUGGCGAGAAUAUCGUUUCGAAAGGUCAAAUAAGAGACAUAAACUGGCCUUGGACAGUACCGAUAAGCUUUGACGCCCCUCAUUUACUAGAAGAAAGUGGGCCGGAUUCUUGUACAGCAACAUUUAUUGAUCAAUAUUUCGCCGUUACAGCCGCUCAUUGCAUUAUAAAGGAUAGCAAUACGAUUGAAAAUAUAAAGAUUAAAAGAGUAAUAAUACACCCAAAUUACUCAUCAUUCGCCCAGGGUUAUGAUAUUGCUAUUUUAGAAACUAUCGAGCCAGCUGGAAUAAAUUCAGUACUUUGCUUAAGGAAAUUAGGAUCAAUUGAGGGAAUAGCCUGUGAAAUGGUUGGGUGGAGAUUAUCUAAUUUAGAGGAAUAUUCCGAAAAGUUAAGAACUAUUAGAUUAAUGAUUUGGAAUAACAGGAAAUGCUUAGAAGCCUAUCCGUGGCUAGAGAAGAAUAAUUCAUCUCUAUGCGCGGGCUACGAAUCUGCUUUAGUAACGCCUUGUCACGGAGAUAGCGGUCUGUACUCGACUAGCUUCAAAAAUACUGUAUAA